AUGGAUGCGGCGGUGGCGGAGGCGAGGGAGCGGCUGCCGGCGAGCUUCGCGUCGUGGCGGACGCGGCCGGCGGCGUGGCGGGAGGCGCAGCUGCGCGGCCUGCUGCGGAUGGCGGCGGAGAUGGAGGCCGACAUCUGCGCCGCGCUCCGCGCCGACCUCGCCAAGCCCCAAACCGAAUCCUACGUCCACGAGAUAUCGCUGGUCACAACCUCCUGCAAGUUUGCUCUCAAGAAUCUCAAGAAAUGGAUGAAGGUAGCCCCAAAAGUACGUGUCCACGCAUUCUAG